AUGGAACACAGAAAAGGCCUGGAGCUGAAGGUUAUAGCUUCAUCAGAUGAUUCCUUCCUUGCUUCCGUCCUUCCUUCCUUCCUCGCUUCCGUCCUUCCUUCCUUCCUUCCUUCCUCGCUUCCUUCCUUCCUUCCUUCCUUCCUUCCUUCCUCGCUUCCUUCCUUCCUUCCUUCCUCGCUUCCUUCCUUCCUUCCUUCCUUCCUUCCUCGCUUCCGUCCUUCCCCUCGCUUCCGUCCUUCCUCGCUUCCGUCCUCGCUUCCGUCCUCGCUUCCGUCCUCGCUUCCGCCCUCGCUUCCGCCCUCGCUUCCGCCCUCGCUUCCGCCCUCGCUUCCAUUGUGA